AUGGCCUCUCAAUCUCCUCCGACACUAAACGACAUCCUCCUUGACAACUCUCCCGCGCCAUGGACACUUGCUGCCUUCAUGGCGUAUCUGUCACAAAACCAUUGCAUGGAAACUCUCGAGUUCACAUUAGAUCUGCAGAGAUACGCCCAGUUCCACGAUGAAUACAUGUCUGUUGAUCCAACCGACAAGGAAAGUCAUGAACGCGCGUGUACCCUUUGGGAGCGCCUGAUUCAAGUAUACAUUGUACCAUGCGCACCGCGAGAGAUUAAUAUUCCGUCACGCGUUCGCGACCGAUUGCUAGCCAUGGCUGGCCCCGAUCCGCCACAUCCAUCCGAACUGAACGAGGCCGGGCGCAUCAUCUAUGAACUAAUGAACGACUCUCUCCUCGUCCCCUUCCUUGAAUCCAUCACAGUCACACAACCAGAUACCACCGAGGAUAAGCGGGCCUCAAGGUCGCCUCGGAGCAGCUCUCUGUUAGCCACAUCGCGAUCUCUACGGAAUCAUGCGCGCAGUAUUACUGCGCCCUUCACAGUGGCAGAUUCUGAGGGUCUAACGGAUGACAGCGAAGUCAACUCACCAACAACCGCAGAACCCAUGACGCCUCCCACAACGCCCCCAACAUCCGAUUGGGGCGGCUUGGCAUCGUCACCAGGUGGCCUGCAGCGCGCCAUCGCAGCUCACACCAAGGGAUGGAAGCGCGUCGGUGCCAGAUUGGGAUUUAACCGCAAAAGUAGCCGCGGGCCAUCGUCGUCUUCCUCAGACCUGAACCAAUCUCGUCGCAGCUCUGGCCAGAGUUCGUCGUGA